AUGGACGAAACCUCAAGGCUUUGGGAUAUUUGUCGUGUGCUUAAGUCGGCAUUAUCUAGCCUGGAAAAUUACUACAUGGCUGGUUCUACAAUAGCCAACACUCUCGAACUUCACCAGAGUUUAGACCCUCCACUUUCCGUCCAGAUACUCCGAGAUUUUUCGCAGUGUCAAAUAAACGGUGCAAUUUAUUUGCAGGAGAGCAGGGGGCUGAUGCAAACCAGGAUUCAACCAUUAUCAUUGAAAUUUGACAAGAAUGCAUCGACGGAAUCAGAAUUUAAUGAUUUUCGUGAUUUCUCAGGAGUUCUGUUUAUGCUAAGAAAUGUUAACUCAUUGCUUCUCAUGAUCUUACUUAAUGGACUAGUGUAUUUUUCCCCUGAUACUAGUUUUCCUGAUGAAGGAGGAAUAUGUGCUGAUAGCCAUACAGAUUCCGACUUAAAUUUUAUGGUAUAUGCGUCGAAAUUGCACCAGAGACUGAAAUCUGCAGUGCAUGAAUUGCGAGGUCAACAAUCUGGUGUGCUUUGUUAUGAGUUCUUGAAAGCAGGUUGUAGCAUGCAAGAGGUGGAAGUUGAGUUGAGGAAAAAUAUAGAGGCUGAUGGAACAAUAAGACUUGGUGAAAUCAGAAAAAAGAUAGAGGACUUGAAGAGAUGUUUUGAUGGUUUUCGAAGUGGAGCUGAGAAUUUUAUUGUGCAGAUCGAUGAUUUCUUUGAUGAAAUAAUCGAAGGGAGAAAAAAGCUUAUGAACAGAGAUUGUUAA